GAGUUUUGCAACUUUGCUCCCGGUGUUAGAAGGCCGGAACGCCGAACGCGCCGCGGUUUUUUCGCCCUCUGCGGCGGUUUCUAGAACUUGAGACUUUCCGGGCGCCGAAUCUGAAAAGUGCUGUUGUUGUUGUGUAGUGACUUGAAAAUGCACGAUGUCGAAGGUUUUCUCAACAAACUUAGGCAGAUGGGUGCAAACACUAGAGAAAUUGCACACAAGGGCGAAGCUGCGCUACGUAGACAACAGUCGACGGUGCUUGAACUUGGCAACAAGCUGGAGACGAGGAAGCUUGAGCGACCCAAGAAGGCCGUUGAAGAUGAAAUUGAAGACUUGGUACAUUUGAUGCGGCGGUACCAGCUGAUGGUGGAAAUGAAGAAGCGGGAUAUUGAACAGAUGACCGCCCUUGCCGACAUUUAUGACAAGAAACAGAAACGCCUCGAGCUGCACACACUGGCAUUACAGCUGCACGACGUGCUGCAGACAAGGUCAGCAGGAUUGGAGUGUUUGGAGGACAUUGCUGCCAAGUGGGCAGGAUUGCAACUCAUGCUGAUACCUGGGCAUGGCUACCGGAUCUGCCUUACUUUACUGGACCCACGCCAGCCUCAGCGUUGCUGCAGCCUUCUGCUGCUACUUGACAGUAAAGGCAAAUACAAAGUGCUCAAGUGUGAACCUGCCCUGGCCAGCUUGGAUGGAAUUGUGACCGAGCUGAGGCAAACAUGCAACCUGGUGCAGUUUGUACAUCAUUUACGACAGCAAUUCAAGAAACUCUUGCUUGCAGAGACAGUGCAGACUGAGCACAAUGAUGCUUCUGCACAGCAUCAUCUUCUUAAAGUUAUGCCAAUUUUGUAAUGGAAUAAUAAUGUACAAGACAUAAUUUGCCUUCAUUGCUCAGUUGAUGUGCUCUAACAGUUCCUAGGUAUGAAUGCUUUCGUAACGAUAAGUUCUAAUUGGAGCAAUGUUUCCUGCUGCUGCCAAACUAUUGCAGUACUUUGCGUGAGAUAACAGUGCAGUUGUUCCAAUUUAAUCGCUCAACUUGGAUAAAAAAAGAUCCAUGCAGAAUCUCCUUUGGGAGGUGAUGCGUAAUCGUAGGUUGCGGCCUUCCUUAGAACACGCAUGACAUCUUCUUUUUAGCUUUCAUCAGCGUCUCGAAUGGCCCCUUGGAAGGCACGACCACCGGAACGCAUGUUUGGCAUCAAUUAUUGGCAAAGCCGGAAUUUCCCUGAUGUGUAUUAUUCUCCAUGUCGACUUAACGUGUUUUCCUGCAGAAGGCUUUGAUUCCACUACCGUGAAAUUCAACAAAGCCGUCAUAGAGAGCAAUCUUAUGCAUUCGUUUUGCACAGCUGGUACAAGGCAUUCAGAUACAUUCACAGCAUGGAUGUGUAGUAGCCCAGCAGUUAUGGAGUGUGGGGCCCAGGUUCAAACCCAUUACUACCAAGAAAAGUUUUUUGUAUACAUUGGUGUUUUUAUUGAGAUGAUCAAUGACAGAGGGACGCCAGGGAAUUUUCGUUGUUGAGCUGGCGUAAAAAUGCUUACGCAUUUAGUACUGUUUAGCAGCGAGAGCUUUCCUGAAGGCCAGCUUGGCUGUGUACUGAGAACGUUUGAUUAACAUAGCAUUGUGCGUCUGAGAAGCUACAAAUUUGGAAGUCACCUCCCCAGAGAUUUUCAGUUGGGUUGUCAAUUCUUCUGGGCAGCUUGUAUUUUGUGUGGACUUUUGCUGCAUCAUACAGUGUUUGCAUGACACGUUUAUUAGCUGACAUAAAAAAAAAGCAUCUUAUUGGUCGAGAUGCACACAAUAGACCGUUGUCACAAUAGUAAAGCUAGCUUUCCUGUGAUGCAGCUAGCCCAUCUAAUGGCAACUAGUCUCUUCAGCAAACAGCAGUUUCAAGUGGCACUCUUACGUAGAAAAUGUAGACUCAGUUCACAUGAUAUAGACACACAUAAUAGACAAGCCUCAGUACAUGCAACUAGGACCUCGUCUUCACUUGAAGCACGACAGAUUAGUUGGCUGAAUACGCAGCGCAGGGACUUGUGGAAAAGGGUCUGUUGGGUCAAGUCCGUUGCAGCUAAAUGCGAGUCAAGAUGUUAUCGGAGCUUGCUUCAAUUGCAAGUUUGUCAUUCAGCAUGGAAACAAGUUGCUGACAGUUGAGUAGUUUUUUAAGAAAGAUGUCGUACUGUGCACUGCAUGUGUACGUCAAGUUUUCUCCUCUUCACAUCGCAGGGUAUGCCUUUUUUUUUUCAUAAAAUUUACUACAACAGCUAUCUGAAAAAAAGAAGUGCUGACAUCAUACAUAUCAGCACGCACUGACAACCUCAAUAAAGUUGGGAUUCCAUGGUGUCACACAAAAUGUUUUCACGACUCAUUCAUACCAAGAACUCAUCUGGAAUCGCCUUGCCCACUUACAUAACAGAUAAUAACCUAUUUAGUAAACCUAUUGUUAUUUUCUGAAUGUUUAAUAUUUUUUCCUUAGUGCUUGAAAAUGAUUGUUAAUGUAUCCCUGCUGCAAUUUUAAGUCAUUGUCUUGCUGUGCAUUUGUGCCUGUUACUAUGUAUUUGUGCUUGCUUUCUUUUUCUCCUUUUACGUUGCAGUUGUUUAUAUUGUAUUUUUGUCUCCCCACACGCCUCUGCAAUACCAUUGGGCCCCGAGGGUACUACCAAUAAAUAAAUACUAUGCUCCACAAUGAUUCAUUUUUAAAUGCAGUAAAAAAUAACACAAUCCUUUUCACUGCAACACAUUGUGCCUACUUUUGCCCCUAUUAGUGCACUAGACUCGCAGCUGGGCCAGUCAUGCCUGGGAGGCCAACAAGCAGUUGGAGGUCCUCAUUGAUUGCGUCCAGAUGUGACCUUUUCUGGUGUUCUUUCGAGAUCACUUUCAAAAUAACACCUUUGUCAGCAGUGUCCGUUUUGUGGACGAUCGCUCGGAGCUUGUUGCGUCUACCACUACUCAUGCUUGUUACCUGACAUGCGGUGAUGGCACGCAUGGCGCAGGAAACUUGAUGGCGCUUGACCGUCACGAUGGCAGUAGAGCACCAAGUCGAGCUAGUUGGUUGACAUUCAUCGUAAAGGCUUUUGCUAACAAGCACAGACACAAGGAAGAGAAGAAGCACUUCCCAUCUGCUUCUGAAAGAAACCAAGAACCACCUUAGGGACUGCUGUGUUCGGUAGCUGUUCGAGGCAAAAAGAUAAAUACUACACGUGGUUGUGUAAGCGAACCUGUUUGUGAGCUGCGGUCUUUAGAUGCUACUUUGUGACAGCAGCGUAACUUGGUUUUAAAUGGUCCAACAACCUCGGUUCAUGCAGUUGUGAGUCUGUGCACGUCUGGUCUUGUUGUGUCCGUGUUUGUUAGCACAGUUAUUAAAAGCCUUCACAAUAGAGCCAUGGUCUUCUCAUUCACUUGCCAGCCUUUGCUUCUCAGUGGUUGCCUGAACUGUGCCACGAGAAAAGAAACGUCUAUA